AUAUAACAUCACACUCUUGUAUAUAUAUGCUCCAUCCAGUACUAGCUAGCUAUCUGCAUAAAUAUACACAAACGAAAGAAAAGGUCAUCAGGAGAACUGGACAUAUGGACGGUGUUACCAAGAGCAUCAUCGUCAGCAGAAACAACAACGAGAAGAAGCUGGAGCAGGAACACUUCGUGCUGGUGCACGGCGCCGGCCAUGGCGCCUGGUGCUGGUACAGGCUGCUGGCGCUGCUCCGGCGUUCCGGCUACCGCGUCUCCUGCGUCGACCUCGCCGCCACCACCAGAAGCAGCGGGGUCGUCGCGUCGUUCGAGGAGUACACCGCGCCGCUCGUCGACCUCAUGGAGGCCCUGCCGGACGGCGAGAAGGUCAUUUUGGUUGGGCACAGCGCUGGAGGGCUAAGUUUGACCCAUGCAAUGCACCUGUUCAGCGACAGGAUUAAGCAGGCAAUCUUCAUAGCAGCAACCAUGCUUCCGUUUGGCUUCCAAACGGAACAAGACAUCAAAGAUGGUGUACCUGAUUUAUCCAAGCUCGGGGACGUGUAUGAGCUCACAUUUGGGCUGGGAGACGAUCAUCCGCCGACGGGCGUGGCGCUGCGGGAGGAGUUCCAGCGCAGGAUCUUGUACCAGCAGAGCCCCCUAGAGGACUGUGCGCUUGCCUCGAUCCUGCUUCGUCCAUGGCCAACAGCACUGAGUGGAGCCAGGUUCGGAGGCGGCGGCAUCAAUGGCAAAGGUGAAGGGAGCGCGAUCGACGACGUGCGGCGUGUGUACAUAACGACGGCGGAGGACCACAUGAUAAAGCCGGAGCAGCAGGAGUCCAUGAUCCGCCGGUGGCUGCCGAGUGAGGUGCUGGCCAUGGACACCGACCACAGCCCCUUCUUCUCGGCGCCGGAGCAACUCCUUCAGCUCAUCCUCAAGUCGAUAUGACCCUUGAGAGUUGUCCAUGCUUCUGGUCUUGAAUCUGUGGAUCGAUGUCGACCAGCUUGCAGUUCUUCAGACAAUGUUACAUGCCAAUUAAGUUGAAAGUUACCAACAGAUACAUUAUUUAUCCAUAAAAUAAUCAGAAGGUUCAAAUGUACUCCGUUUACCCCGGUCAAAAAAAAUGUACUCUGUUUAUAUUAUCUGUAAAUUGCACUGCUGGUCACCGAGCUUGUCCAA